AUGCUGCCGCUGCCGCCGCCGCCGCUGCUGCCGCUGCUGCUCAUCGGGCUGCUCGGUGCCCUCUGCUCGGGCGCCCCGGAGGGACCCGUGCAGGCAGAGGCCACCGUGGAGUUGGACUUUUCCACCGAGCAGCCGGUGCACCUGGUGAGCCCUGCCUUCCUGUCCUUCACCAUUGACGCCAACCUGGCCACCGACCCGCGGUUCCUCACCUUUCUGGGCACGAGUGAGCUGAACAUGGGCAGCGUUUUAGGGGGACUUUUGAAAAAGAAAUGGCCCACCUUCCCCAGCUUCGCGGCAGGAGGCGGGACUCCGGCAAGGGUGGGUGACAUUUGCAAAUCUGGAGCCAUCCCCUCUGGCUUGGAGGAGAGGUUACGGUUGGAAUGGCCCCUCCAGGAGCAGCUGCUACUCAGAGAGCAGUACGAGAAAAAGUUCAAGAACAGCACCUACUCAAGGGGCUCAGUGGAUAUGCUGUACACUUUCGCAAAUUGCUCAGGAUUGGACUUGAUCUUUGGCCUAAAUGCGUUAUUAAGAACAGCAGAUAUGCACUGGGACAAUUCUAAUGCACAGUUGCUUCUGGACUACUGUUCAUACAAGAGGUAUAACAUUUCUUGGGAGCUAGGCAAUGAGCCUAAUAGUUUUCUAAAGAAGGCUGGUAUUUACGUUGACGGAUCCCAAUUAGGAGAAGAUUUUGUUGAGUUGCAUAAGCUUCUGGAAAAAUCCACUUUCAAAAAGGCCAAACUCUAUGGUCCUGAUGUAGGCCAGCCUCGAGGAAAGACUGUUAAGAUGCUGAGAAGUUUUCUGAAGACAGGAGGAGAAGUGAUUGAUUCAGUUACAUGGCACCACUACUACUUGAAUGGACGAAUUGCUACCAAAGAAGAUUUUCUAAAUCCUGAUGUACUGGACACUUUUAUUUUAUCCGUGCAAAAAAUUCUCCAGGUUGUUGAAGAGACCAGACCUCAAAAGAAGGUUUGGUUAGGAGAAACGAGCUCAGCCUAUGGCGGUGGAGCCCCUUUGCUGUCCAAUACCUUUGCAGCUGGCUUUAUGUGGCUGGAUAAAUUGGGUCUUUCUGCCAGGAUGGGCAUUGAAGUGGUAAUGAGGCAAGUGUUCUUCGGAGCCGGAAACUACCACUUAGUGGAUGAAAACUUUGAGCCUUUACCUGAUUAUUGGCUGUCUCUUCUGUUCAAGAAAUUGGUGGGUACCAGAGUGUUCAUGGCAAAUGUAAAAGGUCCAGACAGAAACAAGCUUCGAGUAUACCUUCAUUGCACAAACAGCAAUCACCCUAGGUAUAAAGAAGGAGAUUUAACUCUGUAUGCCUUAAACCUGCAUAAUGCCACCAUGCGCUUAAAGUUGCCAUAUCAUUUCUUUGACAAGCAAGUGGAUAAAUACCUCGUAAAACCUUCAGGACCUGAUGGAUUACUUUCCACAUCUGUUCAACUUAAUGGCCAGAUUCUGAAGAUGGUGGAUGAUCAAACCUUGCCAGCUUUGACAGAAAAACCCCUCCGCCCAGGAAGUUCCCUGGGCUUGCCGGCUUUUUCAUAUGGGUUUUUUGUGAUAAGAAAUGCCAAAGUUCCUGCUUGCAUCUGA